UAUCAUCAUGACUUUGAUUGUAUUUAUUAUAGCAUUAUUUCCUGUAUUCUCUAAUUCAAUAAAUAAUACAAUAUAUAAUGAUGUUUCUAUGGAAUUACAUUCUAUUAUACGACCUGAUAUUGAAAUUUCUGUAAUUAUUAUGGCAUGUUUAGUAUGUUGUAUUGUAACAAUUGGUAUAAUAGGUAAUGUAUUAGUUAUAUGUGUAUUAACAUGUAAUCAAACACGUAUGGUUUAUGAAACAUUUUGUGUUGGCUUAGCUGUAACAGAUUUAAUUUAUUUAACAAUGACAAGUCCUAUAACUGUAAUGCAAUACUUUUUAAAAAGUUGGAUAUUUGGUAUAUUUUGGUGCAAAGUAUUCAAUUUUAUUGUACAAGUGACGGUGUUUUCAUCAGCUUUCAUGUUACUUGGCUUAACAACAAGUCGAUUUUUAGCUGUUGUAUUACCGUGGCAAAAUUUAAAAAUGACAGAGGUUCAAGCUAAAUUAGUGUGUCUUGGAGCAUGGCUAGUUGGAAUUAUAUUUGCCUUACCAAUAAUUAUAUUUCAAGUAUUAAUACCAGCACCAAGGGAUGAUAUAUUACCGGAUAAUAUCACAUUACUUAGCACUACUUCUAUAGAUAUAUCAAAUAAUACUUAUUAUCUAACAGAGAUACCACAAACAUAUACUUCAACAACUAAACAAACUCAUGAUUUAAUUCAAACGUAUCUUAAUAUUAACAAUAAUAAUAAUUAUAAUCAAGAAGUAUUUUGUCGAGAACAAUUUCCAACUCAAUCAAGUCGUAUGGGUUAUCAACUUUUUGUUCUACUCUCAACUUAUGUACUUCCAUUUGCAUGUAUUCUAAUAUUAAAUUCUUGUAUUGUGCUAAAAUUAAAACAAAAAAAUGUGGCAGAACGAGAAACAGGUCAAUUGAAACGUACUUCUUUGCAUGAAAAUUCGAUUUAUACAAGAAACAACAAUAACAGUGUUACAAAUAAUAACAGUAACACUAAUGAAUCAUUUAAUUCAAGUCAAAAAUCAACAAAGAAACGAAGAUUAUUUAGUAUACAACAACAAUGUGGAUCACAUAGGUCUGAUGAUACACAUGAAAAUAUAUGCCACAAUUAUGACAAUCAUCCUCAUUGCCAACAACAACGCCUUGAGCAACAAUUAUCUGAUGAUACUACGACAUCAGAUUAUAAUACUAGUACAACUAGUAAUAUUGGAACUGGGCAUCGUUCAAGUACAAAAAAUUGUAUACAAAAGUGGGAUUUCCAUGAAAAUAUACAACAAAAUCCAAAUGAAUUGAUACGUGCUACACGAGAAUUAAAGAAAAAGCGCUUACGUUCUAAAGCAACUAAACUGGUUGUAUUAGUCACUACAUUAUGGGGUGUAUGUUGGCUACCAACACAUAUAAUUAAUUCAUGGUUCUUUUUUGAUGAAGCUAGUUUUCCAUUUGUACCAGCAAUGAAAAUAGCAAAACUAUUAUCACAAACAUUAUCAUUUGCUGCAUCAUGUGUAAAUCCUGUUGUGUAUAGUAUAUUGACUGGAUCAUUUAAAACAGCUUUGUCAAAUCGUUUACUACGCUUUAAAAAGCGUACUAAACGAAAUGAUCAUACAAAAGCUGAAAUACUAUACAUUACUGAAUAAAUAAGUUAUAUAAUAUUAUUAAACAUAGACUAUUAUUACUGUUAUGCAUUAUUGAUGGUAUUUAAUAUUUUUUAUUACGGUUAUUUAAGAGUAAAGAUGUACACUUUCUGUAUCACUAAAAAAUUGAACAUACAACUGAUCAAAUAAAUAUACAUAUAUACAAAUAAAAAAACAAAUUAGAAACAAAAUUUCAAGUUAUCUAAAAAACAAACAUCCAGUAUAACUCUAUAUUCAAAACACAAUAUUUCCAAAUGUUCAUCUAAAAUAACCUCAUAUAAACUCUCUAUUCCAUUGUGUGUACAUUUCUCUUUUUAAAGCUUAGAUAAAAAAAAACAUUUUAUUCAUAAAUGUUACUUACAAUCUGUAAUGAAAAUAACUUUGUAAAAUUCA